UUUGUUGUAAAUUUUUUAGUAAAACAACACCUUUUAAUAAAAAUAUUUAAAAAAUAUUAUAGUAAAACUAAUUAAAAUGAAUAAUAAUAAUGCAAAUAUUAUAUUUCAUCCUGUAAUAAGUUCAAUACAGAAAGUUGUUGUAUAUGAAACGAAAACGAAAUUUUAUUUAAUUGGCAGUAAUAAUCGAGAAACUCGAUUCCGCCUACUUAUUAUUGAUCGUACCGCUGUAGAUGAGUUAAGAAUUCACGAGGAUCCAAAUGAAAUUUCAGCAAAAGAUAUUAAAAGAAUGGCACAAAAUCUUUCUUCAGCAAAAAUUACAUCUGCAUAUGGAAUCUUAGGAUUUGUAAGAUUUUUAGAAGGCUAUUAUUUAAUUUUAGUAACAAAAAGAACACGAUGUGCUUUUGUUGGUAUGCAUUUAAUAUAUACGAUUAAGGAUACUGUAAUGAUUCGUAUUAAUGAACUAGCAACAAAGCAACCGCAUCCGUUUGAACAACGUUAUGUAAAAAUGUUUCAAAAUGUUGAUUUAAGAAGUAAUUUCUAUUUUAGUUAUAGUUAUGAUUUAACAAGAACAUUACAAUAUAAUAUGUCUGCUCCGAAAUUCGUGGGCAGCAAUGUUAAUAUUGAUUCAGACGAACCACUUCCAGAUUGGAAUACACUAACUAAUAAUGUUCAAUCAGAAAACGAAAGAGUUGAUUAUGCAUUUCGUUCGCAGCCCAGAGAAAGAUUUAUUUGGAAUGCAUUUUUGUUAAAACCAGCCCGAGAACAUAUAUUAUUAAAAGAUUGGUUAUUAGAAGUAACGCAUGGUUUUAUAAGUCAAUCUAGUAUAAGUAUUUUCGGUCGACCAAUUUUCGUAUGCUUGAUUGCCCGUCGCAGCACUAAAUUCGCAGGUACUCGUUUUUUGAAACGAGGUGCUAACUUUCAAGGUGAUGUUGCAAAUGAGGUUGAAACCGAACAAAUUGUCAUGGAUGGUCAUAGAUUGUGUAGUUUUACCCAAAUGCGUGGCUCUAUACCAUCGCAUUGGUCACAAGAUGUCAGCAAAAUGGUACCAAAACCUCCAAUAACUCUAGAUUUGUCAGAUCCAUUUUGUGAAACAGCAGCGAAACAUUUUGAAAGACUUUUAUUCCAUUAUGGAUCACCAAUAAUAAUAUUAAAUUUAGUAAAGAAACGUGAAAAAAGGAAACAUGAAAGCAUUCUAAGUAGAGAAUUGAAAAGAAGUAUAAAAUAUUUAAAUCAAUUUUUACCACCACAGCAUCGAAUGAUAUAUAGACAUUUCGAUAUGGCAAGACAAAGCCGAAACGGAAAUGUGAUGGAAUCACUUGCCAAUAUUUCAACUGACGUUAUCAAGGAAAAUGGAAUGUUCUUCAAGGAUCGUGAUACUACUACAUUACAAACGGGUAUUGUGAGAGUUAAUUGUGUCGAUUGUCUGGACAGAACUAAUACUGCCCAAUUUGCUAUUGGAAAAGUUGCAUUAGCUCAUCAGCUAUAUAAUUUAGGUUUUAUCAAACCACCUAAAUUGGAAUUUGAUUCUGAUUGUGUAACAAUGCUAGAAAAUUUAUAUGAAGACCAUGGAGAUACUUUAGCUUUACAGUAUGGCGGCAGUCAAUUAGUUCAUAGAAUUAAAACUUACAGAAAAACUGCUGCAUGGGCUUCACAAGGAAAUGAUAUAAUGCAAACAUUAAGUCGAUAUUUUAGUAAUACUUUCAGUGAUACCGAAAAGCAACAUAGUUAUAACUUAUUCUUAGGAUAUUACAUACCAUCAAAAAAUGAUUCAAAACAAAAUCCUCCAAUAUGGGAAUUGCAAACAGAUUAUUAUAUGCAUAAUUAUAAAUCAUUUAAUUCUAAUAACGAUACCAAGUUUUUAACAGAUUGGGUUCGACACAAAGUAAGAUCUUCUUUACCACAUUCCUGUUCUGAUUUAAAUAAAAUUGUAAAAGAAUUAUUUCGAGUACAUUCCAAAGAUGUUGAAAUGAUAGAUUCAUACUCUCAUUAUCAUAUGUCUUUUAAAUUAACUGAAUUUAAUGAGCAUAUUGCUUUUCGAAUAAGUCAAAUGGCAAUGAGAUUUAUGCCAACAUUUCGAACAAAUUUUAGCCCUUUUCAACCAGGUCGACGUCGAGAAGAUCGUUCAAGUGCAAAGAAUCCAUCAUUAACAGGACAAAGUUCAACGAGUUCAACAACAUCAUCAGCGUCUUCAAGUUCUGGCUGUGAAGAAGAUUCAUCAUCUGACGAUGAGUUUCAAACAUUAAAUGCUAAAAACCGGCAAUAUUCAACGAAAAUAAAAAUUUCUACUACGCCAUUAACAUUUGAAAAUUUAAUGCCAACUAUGGAAGAUGUUUAUGGAUGUAAAAUAAAACAACCAAGUACUGAAAGUAUGGCAAUUUAUAAAAAAUAUGUACAAAUCGGUAGAUUAUCUUCACAAUUUUAUAAAAAUGAAGGAUUGCCAACUAAUAAUAAGGAGGCGGCUAGAAUAAAUGCAAAAUUAAUGAAAGGAAUACAAUUAUCUCCUUCUCCUAACUUAAAAAAUGAUACAAGUAUAUCGGUAGAACCGCCUAAAGUUAGUGAAAAAAGCAUAAAAAUCUAUGAAGAUUACGUAAAUAGUAAAAAGACUAUUGUAGGAAUCCCUUCAGUUAAAGAUCUCGAUGUAAUUAUAAGAUAUAUAAAAGAUUUGUAAAAUUUUGAUUUUAUUAUAAAAUAAAAUUUUUUUUGUCCAGCACAAUUAUAUAAACGGUACACGGACUAAAUGUCUUUAUUUUAUGGCUUUAU